UCCGUGUCUGAGCAAGCGCGAGGGCUGUGGUAUUAUGUGCAGAGAGCAGUGCUGCGGGGAGCUGUGUGGGGCCAGGGAGAGCUCGGAAGCUGCGACAUGGAUGCAGUGACCUAUGAGGAUGUGCAUGUGAACUUCACUAGGGAAGAGUGGACUUUGCUUGCUCCUUCCCAGAAGAGUCUCUACAAAGAUGUGAUGGUAGAAACCUACAGAAAUCUCACGGCUAUAGGCUACAAAUGGGAAGAUGAGAAUAUGGAAGAAUAUUAUCAGCAUUUUAGAAGACAUGGAUGGCACAAAAGAAGUCGUCCUAUAGAGAAUCACUAUGAAUGCAAGCAGUGUGGUAAAAACUUUUCAUGUCACUGUGAAGAUUAUUAUAAUCUUCCCUUUCAAGACUCAAGUCAUACUGGACAGAAAUCCUAUGAAGGUAUUCGAUGUGGCAAAGACUUUGCACAUCACAGUUAUCACCAAAUACCUGAAAGAACAAAAAGUGGAGAGAAUCACAAUGAAUAUAAGCAGUGUGGUAAAACUUUUAGACAUCAUAAUCAUCUUCAAAAGUAUGAAAGCACUCAGACUGUAGAGAGACGCUUCAAAUGUAAACAAUGUAGCAAAUCCUUUACACUUAAUUUUAAUCUGAAAAUGCAUGAAAGAAUUCAUACUGGUGAGAAACCCUAUGAAUGUGAGCAAUGUGGUAAAGCCUUUAGAAAUAGAAGCUACCUAAAGAUACAUGAACGAAAUCACACUGGAGAGAAACCCUAUGAAUGUAAGCAAUGUGGUAAAGCCUUUAUACAUGUCAGUCAUCUGAAACUACAUGAACGAAAUCAUACUGGCGAUAAACCCUACGAAUGUAAGCAAUGUGGUAAAGCCUUUACAUGUAACAGUUAUCUGAAAAUACAUGAAAGAAUUCAUACUAGAGAGAAACCCUAUGAAUGUGAGCAAUGUGGUAAAGCCUUUAGAAAUAGAAGCUACCUAAAGAUACAUGAACGAAAUCACACUGGAGAGAAACCCUAUAAAUGUAAGCAAUGUGGUAAAGCCUUUACAUGUAGCGGUUAUCUUAAAACACAUGAAAGAAUUCAUACUGGAGAGAGACCCUAUGAAUGUAAGCAAUGUGGUAAAGCCUUUACAUGUACUGGUAAUCUGAAAAUACACGAAAAAACUCAUACUGGAGGGAAACCCUAUGAAUGUAAGCAAUGUGGUAAAUUCUUCGUAUGUAACAGGUUUCUGAAAAUACAUGAACGAAAUCAUACUGGAGAGAAACCCUAUGAAUGUAAGCAAUGUGGUAAAACCUUUGUAUGUGACAGGUAUCUGAAAAUACAUGAAAGAAAUCAUACUGGGGAGAAACUCUAUGAAUGUAAGCAAUGUUAUAAAACCUUUUUUAGUAAUAGCCAUCUGAAAAGACAUGAAAGAAUACAUAUAGGGGAGAAACCGUAUGAAUGUAAGCAUUGUGGUAAAGCCUUUACAUUAUGCAGUAUUCUGAAAAUACAUGAAAGAAUUCAUACUGGGGAGAAACCCUAUGAAUGUAAGCUAUGUGAUAAAGCCUUUUUGUGUACCAGUCAUCUGAAGAGACAUGAAAGAAUCCAUACUGGAGAGAAACCCUAUGAAUGUAAGCAAUGUAAUAAAGCCUUUUCAUGUAACAGUCAUCUGAAAAGACAUGAAAGAAUUCAUACUGGAGAGAACCAUUAUAAAUGCAAACAAUGUGAUAAAAUCUUUAAAUGCAGUAGUUACCUGAAAAGACAUGAAAGAAACCAUACUGCAUAGAAUCCCUAUUAAUGUUAGCAAUGUGGUAAAACCUUUAUAAGUAGCAGUCAUCUGAAAUUUCAUGAAAGAAAUCAUACUGGGGAGAAAUCCUAUGAAUGUAAGCAAUGUUGGAAAGCCUUUUUAAGUAACAGUCAUCUGAAAAGACGUGAAAUAAUUCAUACUGGAAAGACAUACUAUUGUAGCGUGUUCAAAGGUGUGUGGAUUAAUAUCUGGGCCUUUUAUUGGGUUCCAUUGGUCCUCCUGUUUGUUCUUCUGCCAAUACCAGGCUGUUUUCAGUACUCUAGCUAUGUAGUAAAGUUUGAGGUCAGGGAUUGUGAUGCCUCCAGAAAUUCUUUUAUUGUACAGGAUUGUUUUGGCUAUACUGGUUUUUUGCUUUUCCAUAUGAAGUUGAGUACUGUUCUUUCAAGGUCUGUGAAGAAUUAUUCUGGGAUUUUGAGGGCAUUGCAUUGAAUCUGUAGAUUGCUUUCGGUAAGAUUGCCAUUUUUACUAUGUUAAUUCUACCUACCCAAGAGCUUGGGAGAUCUUUCACUUUCUGGUGUCUUCUUCAAUUUCUUUCUUCAAUGAUUUAAAGUUCUUGUUAUAGAAGUCUUCCACUUGUUUGUUUAAGACUUUCUCCGAGAUAUUUUAUGUUAUUUGUAGCUAUUGUGAAGGAAAAUCAGGUAUGUUUUUGGAGUUUUUUCUCUACCAUCCUUUUAGGGAUUCUGUGGUCAUAUACAGGUUAAUGGCCUUUUCUUCGUGAAUUUUUCCCUUUGUACCAUCUCACCUGUGCAGUGAUAAAAAUUGUAAUAAUAUUGUAUCAAUAAAAGUUUAAAAUAAUUAACAGUAUUUUCAUCUAAAUAUAUUUGUACACAGGACAACUGAAAGAAUAUAUCUAUUUACAUGUGAAAAUGAUAGUCAUGUACGUUGUGUUUUAUUUCCUGUUCAUUCUGAAGUAUAAAUGUAAACAUUUGUUGAUAACAGUUUCAUUAACAUUGUCUAAGAAAUAAAGUAUAUUUCAGAGAGA